AUGCAAGAACAACACAAUAUUGAAAAGAAAUCGUUUACACAAAAACUUAAAGAAGGAAUUAUUCAAUUAAUUCAAACAAAGAAAAAAUAUAUAUUAUUUAAUAUUGCAGGGGUUAUUAUUUGUAUUAUUUUAUCUGUAUUAUUUUCAAUAAGUUUUUUAGUUAUUACAAAUAAACGAAUUGAAAAGUAUUAUGAUUAUCAUGAAAGUGGUCUUGAUAUGAGAAGUAAUGCGUUAUUAACUUCUGUUAGUGUAAACGCACCACCCCAUAUUCAAACUUGUUUUGUAUCUUCAACUCCGAAUUUAAAUGAUUCUUUAGAAGAGGUUUAUCUUAUUCGUAAAGAAUAUGAUGUUCCACAAAAAAGUGUAUUUUUUAAACAAACACUUCACCCAACAUCUUCCAUAGAUUUAAUGUUCGUAGCAACAGAUAAAUAUAAUCAACCAACAAAUGUUACUUUGUUCAUUUUAAAGGGAGACAAAGAAUUUCAAAGAUAUUCAUUAGGUUUAGUAACUACUCCUAUUUUUCAAAUUAAACAACAACCUUCAUCAAAUGUAACAAAAUUAAAGUUAACUCAUCAGGUAAUAGAACAAUUUUAUUUUAUAUUUGAAUCGUAUACUCCCCAUACAUCUAUUUUAACAGAAUUAAAAGUAUCUUUUGGACAAUAUAAUGUUGAUUCAAUUCCACAUGUUUGUUAUACAGGUUCAGUUAAACAUGACUUUACAGCAGGAGAGAUCAUGAUUGUAACAAACACUGAAAAUAUUUAUUCUAAAGUUAUAAUGGAUUUUAGUGGAAAAAAUGUAUUUGUUAACACUGUUAUUCCACUUAGUGUUGUAUUGUUUAUAUUCCUUUUAAUAACAUUUUCAGUAAUAUCAAAUAGAAAACGUAGAGAUGAUGAAAUUGAAUUCUUAAGACAUAACCAAACUCUUCAAAAUUCAAAACGGGUUGAAUAUCAAAAAAUAGAUGAAACUAAUUGA